CACAAGAUGUUGUUCAACAUCGCCACUCUUUUGGCUCUUGCCCCUUCUGUUCUUUCGGCAAUCACGGAAAAUGGUGACAAGAAGAAGCGCGAUGUCGUCCCUGGUGGAUACAUUGUCGAAUUUGAGGAUGUCAUGUCUAUCGCUUCUGAUGUAUGUGUUGAUCCCUUGAUCGAAAGAAUUGCCAUUGACAUGUUUGAUAGANCCAAAUUCAACUUCUACUCUGAGCUUUCAGACAAGAAGAUGAAUCCUACUCACCGCAUGGAUCUUUCGUCUUCUCUCUUCAAAGGUCUUUCAUUCCAUGUUGAUACUGGUCUUGACCAGGCAGUUGUCGCUUCAGACAUUCAAGCCAUGCCUAUUGUUCGCAAAGUCUGGCCUAUCUCACUGUACGAUACUCAAGACUUUGCAACCGCUCCCUAUGCCAAUGGAUCAAACUCUACAACUUCUCCUGACACCUUCUCCACUCACCUUAUGGGCCAUGUCGACAGACUGCACGCUGAAGGCUUGACCGGAAAUGGAACCUUUGUUGCAAUCAUCGAUACUGGUAUUGAUUACCUCCAUCCUGCCCUCGGUGGCUGCUUCGGCCCCGGUUGUAAGGUUGCAUACGGUUAUGAUUUGGUUGGUGAUGAUUACGACGGUACUAACACCCCUGUACCCGACCCUGAUCCAUACUCUGCCUGUAACGAGCACGGCACCCACGUUGCGGGUAUUGUGGCGGCUGGUACUAACCCAUAUAACUUCACCGGCGUCGCACCCGAUGCAACUCUAGGUGCUUACAGAGUUUUCGGAUGCUCUGGAAGCGCUGGCGAUGAUGUACUUAUUGAUGCUUUCACCCGUGCCUACGAGGACGGAGCGGACAUCAUCACUGCCAGUAUCGGUGGCCCCAAUGGCUGGACUGAGGAGCCAUGGACUGUCGUAGUCUCUCGUAUCGUCGCAGCUGGAACUCCCUGCACUCUUGCUGCUGGUAACGAUGGUUCCGAAGGCCUGUUCUACGGUUCGUCGGCUGCUGAUGGCAUUGGCGUUAUUGCUGUUGGAUCCAUCGACAACAUUGAGUCCCCCGUGUUCACCACUUACGGUAGAUACACUGUCGACAACUCAACAAAUGGUCAAUUUGGCUACCUGGCCGCUGCUAUCGGCAUGCCCAAUGUCAGCCUACCCCUAUGGGCCGUCAGUGAAGACAGCACCAUCGUUGACGAUGCUUGCGAACCUCUUCCUGCCGACACCCCUGAUCUUACCGGCAAGCUUGUUCUCAUCCGCCGUGGCACUUGCACUUUCGAUACCAAGGCCGCAAACGUUGCUGCCUUUGGAGCGCAGUACGUUCUGUUCUAUAACAACGCCCCCAGUCUCACCUCUCCCAGUGUGACUGACCCUGACAUCCUCGGAGCAGCCAUGGUCUCCGCUGAACAGGGUGCUUCUUGGGCUGCUAGCCUUGCUGCUGGUUCUGCUAUCCAGGUCAGCAUCGAUGGCAAGUUGACCGUCUUCUCCAGCCCUGCCAACAAUGUCACUGGUGGACACAUGUCAACAUUCUCGAUGUGGAACCCUACCAACGAGGCCUACGUUAAGCCCGAGAUCUCUGCCCCUGGUGGUAAUAUCUUGUCCACACUCCCUCUUGAGCAGGGCGGUUAUGGAGUCCUGUCCGGUACUUCGAUGGCUACGCCCUUCAUCGCUGGUGUUGUUGCACUCAUGAAGCAAGCUCGUCCCGGUAUUGAGCCUCAUACCAUUCGUGCUAUUCUUGGCACUACUGGCCAUCCUGUCACUUUCAACGAUGGCAAGACUACCUACGACUAUCUUGCUCCUGUUGUUCAGCAGGGAGGUGGCGAGGUCGACGCUUUUGCUGCCGUUCAUACGUCCACUGUCAUCGAUGUUGCCAACCUCGCUUUCAACGACACGGCUCACUUUGUCCAAGAAGCAAACUUCACCAUCACCAACCGUGGCAGCGGCGAUAUCACCUACAACCUCGACUACGUCAAUGCUGCCACGGCUUAUACUCUUCCUGAUGAUGGCAGCACCCAACCCCAGACCUUCCCCCCAGAUCUCGUCACUUCCGGAGCAAGCGUGCACUUGAGCUCUAGCAGCGUGAGCGUCGCAGCUGGCAAGUCUGAAGUCGUCAUUGUCACUCUGUCACUUCCCAAGGACCUCGCAACCGCUCGUAUUCCCGUGUACUCAGGCUUCAUUACCAUCAAUGGAACCAAUGGCGAUUCUCUGAAUCUCCCUUACGCCGGUAUUGCAUCUUCGCUCAAGGACGCCACUGUCCUUGACGCCAGCACUGGAUACCCAUACAUCACCAGCACCUCUGACAACACCUUUGUUCCCCUGAACUCUAGCACUGUCUUCACCAUUUCAGUUGCCAACACUACCAUCAAUGGUACUACCGACAACUCAACCGGUCUUCUGAUCCCCAACUUGAGAAUUGGUCUCGUCAUGCCUUCUUCCCUCAUCCGUGCCGAUCUCCUCCCCUCAAACUCUACAUAUGGUACCUACACCAACACCACCACGAUUCUUGGUGUCAAGACUUUGGGUGCUAUUGCCGGCAGCCCGAGUAUCUACCAGCCUAGAGCCAAUGCCUGGAGCACCGCGUUCUACGGUGUCCUCGACGAUGGCAGAAGAGUGCCCGCUGGUACUUACUCCAUCCUCGUUCGCGCUUUGAGAAUCUUCGGAGAUGCGACAAACCCUGAUGACUAUGACAGUGCUGAGACUCAGCCUUUCACGAUUAGGUAUGUGCAUUAA